CUCAUUCGAUUGUGUCCACGACUCAAGUCCCUACACGUCGUGUAUAUGCACACAGGAGCCGUUACUAGUCUCAUGAUGGAAUGAUACAUGUUUGGAAUUUCGAAGUUAUGUGUAUUUUUGUGUUACAGCAAUUGACAUUCCAAAAAUGUCCAUGAAUUUCGAUGCGAUUUGCAGACUCUGUAUGACAAAGGGAGAGCCAUUGCUUCCUCUUUUUGAUAAACACAAGACUUUGCCAUUAAAAAUCAAAUCCUUUGCUCCCGAUCUGAAGGUUAGUUAAUUUUUUUGUAGUACGAGUAUACCUCUGAACGGGAUGUAUUCAUUUUAAAUGGCAAGUAUUGUAUUUGAAUGGAAUUCAGUGACCCAUCAGAAGGUGCUACGGGAGUUACAUAUGUUUGUUGGUGACAACCUGCCAACUCAAAUCUGUGUGCUGUGUGCCCAGAAGGUGGAUGGUUUUUAUGAGUUCAAAGUCCAGUGUGAAAGGUCAAAUGUUGCACUGCAGCAGUACCUGAAGAAUCAGAAUUUUCCAGCUUGGUCUGUAAAGAUAUUUUUACAGCAGGAAAAAGACCACGAUAGAAACUGUAUUUCUGAGAUACCAGCCAACAGUAAUGAAGAGGACCAGUGCUUACCAGUGGAAGUGCAGGUUAAAGAACAACUACUCAGAUCAGACAGUAGUGAUGAUCAAAGGUGUCCUGUCAAAAGCUCUGUUUCACACUCACCCACUUCUUGGCCAGUUCUUCAGACAAACACUGAAGCAUAUCACACUAGUAAAACUGUUAUGCCAUUGGAAGAACCUUCUGACAAAGUCAAGAAGAAAAAAACGUUUGACUGUGAAGAAUGUGGUGUGACCUAUGUUAGAAAAGACAGUUUAGUGUUACAUAUGAGAAUGCACAUAGGUAUGAAGCCAUACCACUGUAGCAAAUGCAGCAAGACCUUUACACAAAAUAGCGCUCUUGUGAGACACUCCAGAGUUCAUAUGACAGGAGAGAAGCCAUUCACUUGCAGUGUAUGUGGGAAGUAUCUGGGUGAUAAUGCUUCCCUCACAAAACAUAUGAGAAUACAUACUGGUGAGAGGCCUUUCCAGUGUAACUCAUGUGAGAAAAGUUUUGGGAAUUCUAAUUGUCUUAAGAUACACCUGAGGACUCAUACAGGGGAAAAGCCUUUUCUUUGUACGUUAUGUGGGAAGGCAUUUGGUGGUAAUAGUUCCUUCAUGGUGCACAUGAGGAGCCAUGGUGGUGAAAAACCAUUUCCUUGUAAACUGUGUGGAAAAUCGUUUGUUGAUCAAAGUACUCGUGCUAGGCAUAUGAGGAUUCACACUGGAGAAAAACCUUUCCUGUGUACUGUAUGUGGUAAAAGUUUUAGUCAGAACAGUGCUCUUCUGAGUCACAUGAGAAUGCAUACUGGGGAGAAACCAUACCAGUGUACUGUAUGUAAUGCUAAGUUUGCUCACAAGUGUGGCCUUACUUAUCACAUGAGAAAUCAUAUGGGUGAAAAACCGUUUCAGUGCUCUGAAUGUGGCAAAACAUUUCGUGACAGUGGUUCUCUAGUCAUACAUUCUAGAACUCAUAAUGGGGAGCGUCCCUACCAGUGCUGUUCAUGUGACAAGGCAUUCACUCAGAGGUCUCACCUUGAAGCACAUAGUCGUCAUCACACAGGUGAGAAACCUUUUGGAUGUGAACGCUGUGGUAAACGUUACUCGUCAAAACGGAAUGAAGCACAGCACCUUUGUGGAGCUGCUUCUGAAGGGGCAGUAGGAAUCAGUAACACUAAUGAUCUUAUAAUACAACCAAUGUUAUGACUUACUGCUGAUUAGAACAGUGUUAAAUGAUGAAGUUUUAAUACAGCAUAUUUAAAAACAUUUGUGUACUUUAUGAGAAGUACCUAUUCUUUACUGUUAGUUCCUCGGAACUCUAGCCGUGGUAGAGGGGUCAUAGCAUCUCUCGUGGGGCUGGGGGGAGCAGUCUUAUCAGCUUAUGUCAGCAUGGGUACUACCAGUUUGGAAUGUACUGUCUUGGAGUGUGCUCAGGUGUAUAGUACGUUGUGUUGCUUGUUAGUUGGUACCAGUCAUAGCGAUUGUAUUACGUGGUGUUUGUGUCACUAUCAUGGCACACUGACAGUUGCAUGGAAGUAGCCAGGGAAGUAGCUCUGAACAUCACCACAGCAAGCUAAUGGCUUCGCGUGCUCCACAACAGUGUUUAACUUUCUGCGCGGCUAAAGUUACGAGGCACUAACUAUACCUGGGAUAUGGUCCCUUUCAUUAUCAGUAACAUCCUAUGUAGCAGCUAAACCUUUAAAGAGAUAAUAUCACUUUAAUAUUGUUAUGAAAGGUUAAUUAAUUCCAUCCAUCCAGUGUGUCUGAUCAGUUGCACUGGAUGGAAUUCAUUAACCUUUUAUGAUAAUGUUAGUGUGGCGGACCAGGAUGAAACAAUCAAACUUUAAUACUAUAUUCAUUAUCAAUACCUGGUCAUCCUAUAUUUUGUUAUUUAGUAAAAUUUGAAAGAAAUAAAAAGAGUUCCCUGUCUUUGAUAUUCAGACUGCACUGAGUAAUUUGUUAUCAUGCACUAUUGUAGAACACGAUACUGUUAGCCUAAGUACUUGGCAUGGUAAUCAUAAAACAUGUCAUAACAAUACAGCCAUGCCUGUGGUUUUGGUAGAGGAAUAAUGAUAUUACCUACUGAAAAUUGAUAAAAAUACAUGGUUUCUCAGGAAAUGGAUGUACCACUCUGUCAGCCAUAAAAUAGAAUCGAGAUUCGUCAUCAGGGAAAUGUUUACAGUGUGCAAUAAGUUUUAUAUAAGUAUGUAACUUGUAAGAACUGUUUCCUGUACUGAGGAAGAUGAUGGUGACCAAAUAUCAUCCAUAGAGAAGUGCUUUUCAUGACAAUAUGUAAGUGUAAAGAUAAGAAAUUAAAGCAAUACUUCAUCAACUUGUCAGACUCAGCCAUCAUGAAUACUAACACCAAUACACAGUAAAUUUCAUACCUAUGGUUCCAUGGUAGGAAACAGGACUGACUGAAAGGUUAUACAUUUUAUGUAUAUUAGCUGACUAAGUAUUGAAAUCUAACUUGUCAGAAA